AUGCUUGACCCCAAUCUCGUCCUCAGCUCGACUGUCUUUACCCUUAUUGCUGUACUAUAUCUGAGGCAACGCUUCAGCAAGCGUGGAACGGAGUAUACAUGGCCUCUCCCACCUGGACCAAAGAGACUGCCAUUGAUUGGCAAUCUUCUCGAUAUGCCGAAGCAUUUGGAGUGGGUAACCUUUCGCAAAUGGGCAAGAGAUCUCGGUAAGACGCUGGCUGUUUGUCGCCAUCCCCUACUCACGACGGUCCCAUCUUCAUUAGAUUCUGAUAUCAUAUAUCUUGAUCUUUUGGGAAACCAUGUUGUCAUCCUGGACUCGUUCGAGGCGGCCAACGAUUUGUUGGAGAAACGGUCCAGUCGAUACUCCAGUCGAACGCAAUUUACGAUGGCAAACGAACUCGUCGGGUGGGACUUCAACUUCGGAUUCAAGGCCUAUGGCGAAGACUGGCGACAAUGCAGAAAGCUUUUUCACCACGAAUUCCACCCAGUGGCCAGUCGACGAUUCCAGCCACGAGAAAUCAAAGCCACCAACCAGUUCCUUCGCGCCUUGCUGGAGACACCUGAAGAUUACGUAGAACACCUCCGACAUAUGGCAGGUGCUAUCACCUUAGGGAUCGCUUACGGCUUGGACAUUAAGCCUCACGAUGACCCUUACGUGAAGCUAUCAGAACAAGGUGUCCAUGCUCUACUCACGGCCACCAUCCCAGGCGCGUUCUUGGUCGACACACUCCCUUUCCUAAAAUAUGUACCCUCCUGGUUCCCGGGUGCUGGCUUCCAGAAGAAGGCAAAGGAGUGGCGCGAGUUGGCUACGAUCAUGCGUGAUAUGCCGUUCCAAGCUGCGAAGCAAGCGUUUACAGAGGGAUCGGACGGGACGUCAUUCACAUAUUCCCGCCUCGCCAAGAUAAACUCAGAGUCAGAUGUCGAAUUGGAAGAGAAGUAUAUCAAGAGUGUUGCUGGAACGAUGUAUGCUGCCGGAGCAGAUUCCACCGUAUCAGCGUUGGCUUUCUUUAUCUUAGCGAUGCUACAUAACCCUUCUGCUUUAGCCAAAGGACAAGAAGAGAUCGAUAGAGUUGUUGGGAAUGGUCGCCUACCCGAUUUCGGUGACGAGGAAUCGUUACCUUACAUCAGUGCAAUCGUGAAGGAGGUCUUACGAUGGGACAGCGUCACACCCAUAGCCAUUCCCCAUCUGUCUACCACCGACGACGUUUACAAAGGAUACUUUAUACCAGCCGGGACGAUGAUCAUUCCCAAUGCUUGGUCAAUGCUUCAUAACGAAAACCACUAUCCCGACCCCUUCGCUUUCAACCCCGAUCGGUUCAUGAAGGAUGGAAAGCUUGAUAAGAGCGUCAAAGACCCCGCCGCUGCUGCAUUUGGAUUCGGCCGAAGAAUAUGCCCCGGCCGCUACAUGGCGUUCCAAUCCGUAUGGAUAGCAAUUGCUUCGAUGGUUGCUACAUUAGAUAUCAAGAAGGCUGUCGAUGAGCGCGGCAACACCAUCGAACCCUCAGGUGAACAUGUCUCCACCUUGGUCUGCAUGCCGGCACCGUUCAAGUGCUCAAUAAAGGCCAGAUCAGCUUCGGCGGUGGCGUUGAUCCAAUCCACGGAAAAGGACCAGUAA